AUGGCGUCUCCCAAGCUCGCUCUCCUCCUCGUCCUCGCCGCGGUGGCGCUCGUCCACUCGGCGUCGGCGGCUGACGACUCCUGCCGGGACAUGCUGGGCGGCCUUGAGGCGUGCCACGGGUUCAUGUUCGAGGGCGCGCCGGCGGCCUCGCCUGCGUGCUGCGACGCGUACGGCGCCGUCUUCAACACCGACCCGUUCUGCCUCUGCUACAUCGCCAACGGCGUCUACGGCCAGUCCACCGGCUACGACGUCAACGUCACCCACGCACUCGAGAUCCCCACCAGCUGCGGCCAGGUCCAGCCGCCCAUCGAACUCUGCGGCAUGCCAGACCUGCAACUUCCUCCCUACGAUCCGGCGUCGUCAACCGAGGCAUCGUCGCCGUCGCCGGCGCCGGCUUCAGCUGCGUCAGUAGAACCACCACGGCCGUCUCCUGCGAGCCGCGCCAAUACCGACUUGCCCCCACCGCCGCCGCCAACCUCCCUUGGUGGUCGUGAUUCGUCGGUAGAGAUGGCCGUCAUGUUCUUCGCCGUCGCUGCUGGCAUGUUCGCGGCCGUGGCAUGA